GCAAAAUUUCAAUGAUCCGUAGAAGGAUGAACGAUCCUUAGUGCAUCGGUAAAGCAAUUAUUUUGGUGUAGCAAAAAUGAGGUGGACAUUUCUGACGACUGGCUCUGGCAUUUCCAUGUUGAAUUCAUUGUGGAUGGCUUACCUCCUGGGUACUAUCGCAGUAUUAUGGGUCAUUCGAUAUCGGAAGGAAAUCCAGGAAUACAUCAUCUUUCGGAAGGAAAUUCUAAAAUGCUCGGCUUCACUACGCGGACCCCCUGGAAUUCCACUGGUCGGAAAUGCACACCAAUUUGCCGACACUGGUAAAACGAUUUUUACCCUCGCGAAAAUGAGCCAAGAUAUCAAUGUUGGGACUUUCAAAAUUUGGCUGGGACCGAUAAUGAAAGUUAUCGUUACUGAUCCGAGGGAUUUUGAGAUUAUAAUGGGAAGUGCGAAGGCAGCUGAAAAGGAUACCGUCUACGAUUUCAUGAAGCCGGCAGUUAUCAAUAGUCUCAUAAAUGGGGGAGGGCCAGUCUAUCGAGCACACAAGAAGCUUGUGGUACCCCUCAUAAAUGGGGGUAAUUUAAUAACAGAACACAUCAAGCAAUUCAAUUAUCAAACCAAAAUUAUGAUAAAGAAAAUGGCGGAUAAGGUCGGAACUGGGGAAUUCGAUGUUCAUCAUGCAAUUGUUCCAUGUGUAGCAGACAUUGUGUUCGAAACAAUGUUCGGAGUUCCUGGGAAAGCUCAGAAUGGGGAACACAAUAUUCUGGUCGAGGGGACUGAAACGUACUCAAAAGGAAGACAUCCCUGGGCAUUCCUCCCAUUUAGCGGUGGGCUUCGUAGUUGUCCAGGAUCAAAAUAUGGUAUGAUCUGCAUCAAAGUCAUAAUUGCUCAGAUGGUUCGGCAUUAUCAACUGGAAACAACUCUGAAAUACGAAACUCUCAACAUUCAUGCCCACAUAUCCACUCGCUCCAUAGACGGAUACCCCAUAAGUUUGAAGAAGAUCAAUUAAUCCAAUUAAUUGAAAAAAUACGUCAUUGAAAUUACACUUUCUCAUUUUCCUGCAGUGCCAAACUGUAAUAUAUUUAAACAAUAAAU